AGUUGACCUUUCCAUGGCCCCAUCGUUGGACAUAUUGGGUCUGCUCUCACUUGGAAUCUGUGUCGUAGCUCUUGCUCAAUGGUCCAUCUCUCGUCGAGUCCGGUAUCCUCCGGGCCCCUAUUUUGCUCUUCUCAAGAUUGCAGCGGCUCGUGAAGAGGCGCAAGAAUUGUUCAUGAGAUGGGGGCGCACAUACGGCGAUAUCAUCCACAUUCCUGUCAUCAACCGGUCGAUGAUCGUGCUAAAUUCUUUGACUGCCGUUCGUGAUCUCAUGGAGAAGCGGAGCGGAAACUACUCCUGCAGACCAAGACUUGUCUUGAUAGCUGAACUAAUGGGCUGGGACACAGUAUUGACAAAUUUGCCAUACGGUGACCAGUUUCGGAAACAGCGCCGAAUAGUCCAAGAUCACUUCAAUUCCCAGGCCGUCGUCGCUUUGCGUCCUUUACAGCGCAAAGAAACCUGCACUUUUCUCCUCGGAAUUCUGAACAAACCAGAAGCUUUCGAACGCGAGAUCAAGAGGUACUUCACCGCCGGUAGUAUCAUGAAGAUAGCGUAUGGACACACGGUGACUUCGAACGAUGAUCUAUAUGUGAGAUUAGCGGAGGAUGCCACCACGGCGACUGUCGCCUCAGCAGGUGGUCCCGGCGCCAUGCUCGUGGACUUCUUUGUAUUGAGGCAUAUUCCGACAUGGAUGCCGGGAGCAGGUUUCAAGCGCCAUGCCCUCCAAACGCGGGCCAAAGUUGAGCGGUUGAUGGAUCGACCGUUCCAGAUGGUCAAGCAGAGCAUGGUCUCAGGAACCGCCAUACCGUCGUUCACCUCUUCACUCCUAGUCGAAUAUCAGUCAGCUGGCAAGUGUGGCAUGAAGGAAGAGGGCGAUAUUAAGUCUGCGGCUGGGGUUCUAUAUGCAGCCGCAACGGACACGACGACAGCCAUUCUGGCCGCGUUCUUUUUAGCUUGGACUUUAUACCCCGAACCUUUCGCGAAGGCACAAGCGGAACUCGACUCUGUCAUAGGCUCUGACCGUCUUCCGGACUUUGAGGAUCGCCCAUCCCUGUCUUUCCUGGACUGCAUCAUCAAAGAAAUGUACCGCUGGAGCGCUCCAGUACCGUUAGGCCUACCUCACCGCUCGAUGAAGGACGACGUGUACCGUGGAUACGACAUCCCCGCAGGGACCAUCGUGUUGGCCAACAUCUGGGCCCUCUCCCGAGACCCGACUCUCUUCACGCAGCCACACGAUUUUUGCCCCGAGCGAUACCUCAAUCUUGACGAGGAAACCGCCGAUCUCAUGGAUCCCAACAUGAUCUUUGGGUUCGGUAGGAGGCGAGUCUUAGCCUGUCCAGGGCGGUGGUUCGGUGACGGGAACAUCUGGCUUAUUAUCGCCUCGACACUGGCGACGUUCAACGUCGAGAAAGCGCGAGAUGCGAAUGGAAAAGAGAUUACCCCUCCCGCCGCCUUCGCGGGCUCUUUUGUUAGGCAUCCGAAGCCAUUUCACUGCGCUAUCAAGCCACGUUCUCUGAAGGCUGCGGACCUCAUUCACGAAACUAACGCGAGCUUAGCAGCUUGAUGCUUAUACAUAUCGAUAUAUACCUACUCCGAUUUUCUCUCAAGGACCUUCUUUCGUUAUACUUAUCCUCAUCUCUUCUUUCCUACUUGCUGCUUACUUUAUCCCAUUCGUUGUAUCCAUGGUCCCUACUCCGCGUUUCGAGUAAGCGACACUACAUGUUCUGGAAUAACGGGCUGCGUUUUGCGCCUGACGUCCCCAUUUGUAACAAUAGCCACCUUAACG